AUGGCUCAGCCAAGACCCCGCAUGAAGACUGUCUUCAAGGAGUACAAGUCGUACCAGCCGAUCCACACGGGCGGCAAGGCGACCCUGUCCGCCGACGGCUCCUGGCUCGUCUCGACUCUCAACGAGCAGGCCCUCGUAACCGACAUCGAGACGGGCGAGCAGCUGCAAGAGCUCAAAGGAGACACGUCGGCCGUCACGACCCUCGCCAUUACGCCGUCGCCCCUGUCGCCGCAAGACGGCGGCUACCUCUUGACCUGCGGCCGGUCCCUCGGCAUCCACAUCUACUCGCUCCCGUCCCUCGCCCUCCACCGCAACGUCGCCCGCGCCCACGACGCGCCCAUCAUCACGUCGUGCGCCGACCCGACCGGCACCUUGUUCGCGACCGGCUCGGCCGACGGCAUCGUCAAGGUGUGGGACGCCGCCAAUGGUCACUGCACCCACGUCUUCAAGGGCCACGGCGGCGUCGUGAGCGCCAUGGCGUUCGACAUCGCGAGCGCGGGCGACGGCGGCCGCCAGGGCCGUGCGCGCCUCGUCACGGGCGCCGACGACUGCAAGAUCCGCGUGUGGGACCUGCGCACGCGCGAGGGCCUGUACGUCCUCGACGGCCACGUCUCGGUCGUGCGCGGCCUCGACGUGACGCGCGACGGCAAGACGCUCGUCAGCGGCGGCCGCGACAAGGUCGUCAACGUGUGGGACCUCGAGCGCGGCGUCCUGCGCAAGACGCUCCCCGUGUUCGAGACGAUCGAGGCCGUCGGCAUCGUCGACGUGCCCGAGGCGGGCGCGGCGGGCGACAAAAAGGGCAAGGGCAAGGAGACGGGCUCGACGAGGAGGGCCGUCUUUACGGCCGGCGACAAGGGCGUCAUCCGCCUGUGGGACCUGCUCACGAACGAGCAGAUCAAGACGGCGGCCGACGAGGUGACCAAGGGCGGCAAGGUCCACGAGAUCGUCGACGUCGUCCACACCCCGGCAACCUCUUCCCUCACCGCCAUCCACGUCGACCAGAACAUUGUCACCCGCUCGCUCCCCUCGCUCGCCACGACCCGCCAGAUCAUCGGCUUCAACGACGAGGUCAUCGACGCGUGCUUCGUCUCGGCCUCGUCGUUCUCGUCGAGCGUCGACGCACCCGACGCGGCGUCGACGUCGCUCCCCGAGUCGCACCUCGCCGUCGCGACCAACUCGGACCUGAUCCGGGUGUACGACCUCGACCGGUUCAACACGUCGCUCCUCGAGGGCCAUGAGGACGUCGUCCUGUGCCUGACGCGCACGACCGACGGCCAGGUCCUCGUCUCGGGCUCGAAGGACAACACGGCGCGAGUUUGGCGAGCGCGCCAGGGCGAGGACGGCGGCGCGAGGUGGGCGUGCGUCGGCCGGGCAGAGGGCCAUGUCGAGUCGGUCGGCGCCGUCGCGACGACCAAGCGGGAUCGGCACCUCCUCGUCACGGCGUCGCAGGACCGCACGGCCAAGAUCUGGGACCUCGCGGCGUGCCUGUCGGCGUCCGACGACGACGGCGACGACCUCGACGAGCCGCUACCGCUGCGCGCCCUGUCGACGACCAAGAUCCACGACAAGGACAUCAACUCGCUCGACAUCUCGCCGAACGACAAGCUCCUCGCGUCGGGCUCGCAGGACCGCACGGCCAAGCUGUUCGCGAUCGCGCACACGCCCGCGACCAAAGCGGCGCCGGCGCAGGCGACGCUCUCGCUCCUCGGCACGUUCAAGGGCCACAAGCGCGGCGUGUGGAGCGUCAAGUUCAGCCCUGUCGACCAGUGCCUCGCGACGGCGUCGGGCGACCGCACCGUCAAGCUGUGGAACCUCAACGACUUUACGUGCGUCAAGACUUUCGAGGGCCACUCGAACUCGGUCCUGCGCGUCGACUUUAUGACGCGUGGCAUGCAGCUCGCGACGGCGGCGAGUGACGGCCUCGUCAAGGUGUGGAACGUCAAGGACGAGGAGUGCGUCGAGACGCUCGACAACCACGAGGAGAAGGUGUGGGCGCUCGCCAUCAACCGCGACGAAUCCUUCGUCGUGUCGGGCGGCGCCGACUCGAUGAUCACGAUCUGGGAGGACGUGACCGAGAUCGAGGAGCUCGAGAAGGAGCAGGAGCAGGCCGACCUUGUCCUCAAGGAGCAAGAUUACGAGAACUUCCUGUCGAUGAAGGACUACUCGAACGCGAUCAUGCUCGCCCUCUCGAUGGACCAGCCCCGACGCCUCCUCCUCCUGUUCACCGAGGUGCGCGCCUCGGCCGGCACCAACGGCGCCGAGGACCUCCUGUCGUUCACGGGCUCUCGGCACGUCGACGCCGUCCUGCGAGGCCUGUCGCCCGCCGAGCUGCGCCAGCUGUUCCGGUACAUCAAGGACUGGAACACGGUCUCGCGCACGGCCGACACGGCGCAGACCGUCCUCCACGCCAUCCUCAAGUUUCACGAUGCCGACAAAUUGCUCGCCGUGCUCGAGAACCGCGCCGACGAGGGCUCGAGCGGGCUCGACCUCGCCAACGGCAAGUCGGCGGCGCCCAAGGACGCCGACGAGGACGUCGACGACGACGACGAGGAGGCCAAGAAGCGCAAGAAGCGCACCGAGGUCAAGGCGAGCGAGAUCCUCGGCGCCCUCAUCCCGUACACCGAGCGGCACAUGACCCGGGCCGACAAGCUCGUGCGCGAGUCGUUCAUCGUCGAGCACCUCCUCGGCAUGAUGGAGGGCUUCGACGACUUUGACGUCGCUGGCAGUGACGACGCGGCGUCGGCGAACGGGAUGGACGUCGACGAGGAGGACGACGACGACAAGGAGUGAGCGCGGGGCAGGAGGAGGGUGUAGAGCAACUCGCAACUUUAUCGCAGCCAGCCUCUCUCUCUC